GAAGCUGCAACAAACAGCACUGGGUCACCAACUACUCUUUAUGAAGUUGAAAAACAACUGAAAGAUGCUCUUGAGAAAAACCAACAGUGGCUACUGUAUGACCAGCAACGCGAAGCAUAUGUCAGGGGACUGCUUGGAAGGAUCUUUGAACUUGAACAGAAGUCAGAAAUAGUUUGCCAACAAGAAUCUAAAGAGUUCAAUUCAGAAGGUCAUCCACAAGAGGAAAAGCAAAAAUAUUAUGACCAGCUGUUACUAACUGCUAAGAGUGAUCUUGAGACUGAAAGACACACUAUAACCCAACUGAAAUCUGAACUUAACGAAUUCAAAAAGAAGUAUGAAGAAGCACAACAAGAAAUAACAAGUUUAAAUACCUUAUUGCAGUCGCAACAGGUUGCUGAAAUUAAGACUCUAGAAAAUGAAAAUAAAAUUAAAGGAGAGAAAGUGCAGAGACUAAAACAAGAAAAUGAAACUAUUAAAGGACAGCUCAGAGAAGAAAAGAAGAAGUCUGAAGAUCUUUUAAGUCAGGUGCAACUUCUUCGUAAAUCAUUGCAAAAACAGCAGGAGGAACACACUAGGAUAGCUCUGUUGGAAAAACAGAUCCAGAUAUGCACAACAGACUUUGAGAACGAAAAGCUUGAUCGCCAGAACUUGCAGCAUCAAUUAAACAAAGUCCUCAAGGAACUGCGCAAGGUCCUGCACAGAGGGCAGCUAACCCGUCUGGAACCUCUGCUUCUCUUUUUCCAUAAACUCCAGGAAUCUGGAUGUAUGGAAACACAAGAAGAUUUGCAAGCUGCAUUUGAAGAGAAGCUGAGCACGUAUGACAGAAGUCCCUCCCUGAAACAUUCAAGCCUUCUUGAUGAAAGUUUUCUUGAGUGUCCUAGAUGUAAAGUGCAGUAUCGAACAAGUGAGCAUAGAGAAUUACUAGCACAUAUUGACUUUUGUACAGCUUGA